AGUGAGAGUAUGGAGUAUCAUAAGACUACACGAAAUCUGACGAAGCUGAAAACGCAUCAGCGAUAUUCAGGGAUCAAAUUUGUUGUUUUAACCGCGCCGUGAACCUCCCAUUCUCGAUGUGGCGAUACAUAGCGGCAGCAGCUCUUCUGGCGGCGACCCGUGCAGAGAUUGAUGCGGGAAAUAUUUCGGCUGCGAAGACCAGAGGCGCCAUUCUUCAAAAUGCCAGAAUGGCUUAUUGCAAUGAAAAUUGUCGUGCUCUUCUUGUUGUCCUUUGUUAUCUUCACCUUUUAACGUCGCAAAAGCAUUCCUGCGUUGCAAAGCCCAAAGAGGCCCCGCAGAUGGCCAUAACCAAGCUCAACAAUUUCGGCAAGAAGCUCGGCCCGAAAGCCGGACGGCUACUUUGGGGAAUGCGACGCUGAUGAACACCACCGUAGGGCUGAAGACCAAGAACGUAUCACAGUUUCAUUUGCGUGGUCCAGGCAAGUCGGAUCCAAAGACAGUGGAGCAGGUGAAGACUGCCACGCCAGUGUCUGAGGUGAAGGCGCCGAAGGAGGUCGAGGUUGAUCAAUUGACUUUGAAGGACAGUCGAAGACGGAGGUCAAGGCGAAGGCGGGACGGGCCGACUCCAUCUUGCCGAUCUUCUAUGGACGAUUGCACGGAGGAGGUCGGGGUGAGGAACUUUGUGUCCAACCCAGACACUCAACGAUUCAAAGAGAACCACGUGGCAGACACUGUGGAGGAUGCUCUGGAAGUGAGCAAGAGGAGAAUGCUAAGCCCAGCGUUCACAGCAAACACAGUUGCGGUUAAGCACCCAACCACAAACACGCAUCAGGAUGUGGACCUUUUCAAAGCCAUGUACCAAAAGGGCGUCAGGAACGUGAAAAAAACAUGGGAGAAAUAUGGGCGAAGACCAACAGACACCAAAGGCACAUAUGAUCUAUAUGUGUGGGCAGACGGAGAGGGGCCAGACGGACCCGCGAUGAAAGGAGAUGUUCAAAAGAUUCUCCACUACUCAAAGGUAGAUCUGGGCGAAGGUUCUUAUGGUAUCCACGUCACAAGCCUCAAAUCCAUGAAGGUGAAGUUUGAAUGGACGGCUGAGGAAAACAAAGAUCCAGUUGUCAAGGCAAUAACCCAUGUCUACGCGCCACUUGACGUCACGCCGCCAGAAUUACGGUAGGAUUGGAGUUUCGCGGUUUUUGCCGCCAAAGCCAAAUGGCAUCAUCAAGCUGACGCCUUUGUAAAGUGGAAUUCACACCCUGCAAGUCCAGCGCGUGUCAAUGCCGGCAAGGGCAAGUUGACGCACGCUUUGUAAAGUUUGAUCGGCCCAUGCACUGGCGCGAGCAGACCAUUGGCAUUACGCAGCCAGGACGGGAAAGAGCAGCAGCCCGCAGUGUAUCGUGACCAGAGGUAUCCACAGACCAAUCCUCACUGUUAAGCAAAUCCUGUUGUGUUGAUGAAAGCAAAGCUCCAAAGCC